AUGGACAUGGCGAUGUGUCUCAAGCUCCACGCGUCGAUCCUUGUUGAAGCUCUUGGUGAGUCGGAGGAGCUCUCCAGCGCAAGCCUGCUGUCUGUGAAGUCGGGCGGCCGCGGAGCCCAGCUGCUCAGUUUCGCGAAGAUCUGCACGCUCAUGAUACAUCCGAUCCACGCGCCGGAGAUGGAGGAGGUCUAUCCGGAACUCCUGCGGCUGGUCGAGGCCAACUCCUCGACCGGCCCCGCCGAGAUGUGCGAUUGGCCGGAGCAGACGACUCGCCAGCAGAGCAAACAGAAGGACUGGAAGAAAUACAUGGCCACCACGUUCCACCACAACGAUGACCACGUUUGCUGGGACUUGCGCUUCACAUGGCGGAUGUGCUGCCAUCCCUCCUUUGGCCCUGGUGGCAACUCCAAUUGCUGGGAUGACGAAAACACCUGGGAACGCUGUUGCAACAGGACCUCGACUGCCUCGGAGCCACCGAAGGUCCCGGCACCCGCCCCGGAAGAUGCUGCCCCGAAGGUGCUUUCGUCAGCGCCUGGCCCGCCUUCGUACAACCUCACCCAUGUGACCAACCAGCUGGCCACUGGCGCUGCUGGCACGAGGAUCACCGCCGUCAGCGGGAGCUUCUCGCAGGCCUCCGGUGGUCCUGGCAACCCGAAGUGUUGGUCGGAGGGGUUCACUUUCGAUCUCUGCUGCCGGGCGACCGCGAGCGAGUGCUGGAGUUGGCCCUUCACGCACGGCUUCUGCUGUGAGGCGCCCUUGCCACCGAGGCCGCCACUUCAAGCGGGUGGUUUGCCAGAAGGACUUGGCUCAAGAACGACCAAAGCGAAGACGAGGACGAGCCGCUGUCCCCAUGCAACCUCCGAGGAGGACUUGGGGCUACUGGCUUGUCAGAUGUCCUUGGAUGAGAUUGGUGCGCUGUUUGAGCUGCCGGCCAUCGGAAGCGGGGACAAGGCAAGCGGCUGGCACGACUACCUGGGGAAUUACGAACGCCUCCUCUUCCACCUUCCCCUGACUGCAAACGUUCUGGAGUUCGGCGUCCGGAUGGGCUCGUCCCUGGCCAUGUGGUCCGAGUACUUCCCGCAUGGCACUGUGGUAGGCAUGGACAAGAACUUGCUCACCUUCCACAUGAAGGGGAGACCGGUCCUGUCUGCGCACGGCGCCUUCACGCGAGGCAAUGUUUACGUCAUGCAGGCCAAUGCCUCAGACCAAUCUGGCUUCGACGCCUUGGGGGAGGUGGGCUUCAAAGAUUUCGAUGUUAUUGUCGACGAUGCGAACCAUUGGGCGAAGGACCAAAUAGCUCGAUUUGAGCUCUACUUCCCCUCACUCCUGCGACCAGGCGGGGUUUACCUCAUCGAAGACGUGCAUAUACAG